CGUUUUGUUUUAUCGCCUAUUUAUUUUAUUACACCAACCAAACACCGUGUCAACAAAAAAUAACAACAACAGACAUCAAACAACAUUUACACACAACCCGUCAUCUGCUACAUCAUUAACCCGACCAUCAGCUAGUGUUCGUCCGGCAUGAGCAGCUGGAGAAAGUUGACAAAUCAGGAUUCGAAUUAUUUAGUAAAAAAACGACUUACAGGUACACAAAUAUGCACGUAUUUACACGCAAUAAUGACCUUGGUAUAUCAACCAAACCCUUUGUGAUACAGCGACACACGUUAGCGAUCAUCACUGAACUGACGUGUCUCUGACUAGUUCGCCGAAAUCUUCGCAGGAAAUGGACAACUCCGAGGUGAAGGCAUCAACCUUCGAGAACAUCUCGCAGGGUUACGGUCCAGUGUACAAAAGGAAGAGGACAGUGGAAGAUUUCAACAAGUUUUGCACGUUCGUCCUGGCCUACGCUGGUUAUAUUCCAUAUCCACAGGAGGAGGCACCGCUCAGGAGCAGCUCGAGUCCUCCUAACAGCACGGGUAGCACAGCAGACAGCGACGGCCUUCCUUCUCCUGAUCAACCUGCGCACAAAAAACGCAAGAGCUUCGGAGGCUUCAAGAGGCCCUCCAAUGACGAGCCCGAGCUUCACAAGCGACCCAAAUCUACGGGCUUUCUCCUCGAGGGGCGCAAGAAAACCGAUAAAAUGAAGAAGAAGAAAAAGAAGCUGACAGAGAACAGCAAGUCUGACGAUUCCGGAUCUUUCCUGUCGUUUCCCUCCGGUACCAGAGCGGAGAUUUCAGCUUUCGGUCGGACCGUCAAGGAGGAGCCAGAGGAUUACAUCAGCAUCUCUACACCUUCUCUGUACACUGAGCUCUCUGCUCACCCUGGUACCAGCUCUCCACUCACCACCAGGUCUUCGCUCGGUUCUGAUUCUCACGGUGCCAGAUCUCCGCUCGGCUCUGGUUCUCAUGGUGCCAGAUCUCCGCUCGGCUCUGGUACUCACGGUGCCAGAUCUCCGCUCGGCUCUGGUACUCACGGUGCCAGAUCUCCGCUCGGCUCUGGUUCUCAUGGUGCCAGAUCUCCACUCGGCUCUGGUUCUCACGGUGCCAGAUCUCCGCACAGUUCCUUUUCUCAUGGCACCAGAUCUCCACUCGGUUCCGGGUCUUAUGGUGUCGGAUCUCCGCUCAAUCCUGGUUCGCAUGGCACCAGAUCUCCGCUCGGUCCUGGGUCUCACGGUGUCAAAUCUCUGCACAGUUCCGGUUCUCACGGCGCCAGAUCUCCGCACAGUUCUGGUUCUCACAGUGCCAGAUCUCCACACAGUUCCGGUUCUCACGGCGCCAGAUCUCCGCACAGUUCCGGUUCUCACGGCGCCAGAUCGCCACACAGUUCCUUUUCUCACGGCGCGAGAUCUCCGCUCGCUUCCGGUUCCUAUGGCGCCAGAUCUCCGGUCAGUUUCGGUUCUCACGGUGCCAAAUCUCCACACGAUUCCGGUUCUCAACGUGUCAGCUAUCCGCUCGUAGGCUGCAAAAAGGAACCGGAAAGCGAGCAGCCGUGUUGGGAUUCCUCGGCCAGCUCGGAAACAGAGUCCAGAAGCGAGAGCAGGGAGAGGCUGGCCAUGCCUGAGGGAGAAGCCCUGGUCUUGAAGAUGGAGGGAUUUCCCGGCACCAGAACGGUGAUACGCCAGGGCAAGCAGGUGGUGUUCCGCGACGAAGACGGAUCCGCAGACGACGAGGACAUCAUGGUCGAUUCAGACGACGACUCGUGGGACCUGGUGACUUGUUUCUGCAUGAAGCCUUUUGCCGGCAGGGCGAUGAUCGAGUGCAACCAGUGCAACACCUGGAUCCACCUGUCCUGCGCCAAAAUCCGUAAGUCCAACGUCCCGGAGACGUACACCUGCCAGCAGUGCAAAGACUCCAAAUUUGACAUUCGACGCUCAAACCGAUCGCGCAUGGGCUCUCGAAAGCACCUUCUAGACUGACGCCGUUCCAACCUCUCCCCCGAGUACAGACCCUGACCCAGAGUACAGAAGAGGAAGGUGUCUCUUCC